CGCCGCACCGCACCCACACGGCCGGCUUGAGCUUGGCAGAUGGGUGCCACAUGGUCAAACACCGCCGUCGCUCGACGCCAGUGGCCGCCAUGAAAGCCCACCGCACCAGCGAGCCUUUGCGCGCGCGGACGGAUUGGCACCAGCACCGGGGGAACCGGCCUGCCCCUGACUCCGUCGUCGCGAAAGGCGGCCGGCCCGCUGCUGCUCACUGCCCGAAUCGACUGGCGUGUCCGAUGAAUGAGGUCGGCCGUGCCCAGAUUUGCGUCCAGCACGCACGUACUGCGUCGUAUUUAAAUCGAUGGCGACCCCUCCCCAUGGGCAAUCACGGCGAGCCGUGCCGAGUAGCAUCUGCAUCCUAUCCUUUUGCGACGACACGACGUUGCCUCGACCCGCGAGUCAUCCCUGUGUCCUGGCCAGUCCGCUUCGACGACGUCGCCUCUGGCGUCAAGCUCAGUAGGUGCCUCCUGAACCCUGAUUCACAGCCAGCCACUGCUGUACGAGCUUUUGCCUUGGGCGUCUCGUGUCGCUGCCCUGCCGUGUCUAGCGGAAUUGCACAAUCAACAGAAACCAGCCCACAUGCUCGCCUCCUUACAUGCCUCUUCCAGAAACCCACCUGCAGAGACACAUCUCGGCGCCAGCGCACCCCACAUCUUGCGAUCGUCCUCUCAUGAGAACCUACCCUACCCCUCAAGCUCGGCAGCCCCAGCGUUUCUGAGCCGUCCUGCACUGCCCUGCCAAGUCAACGCUCUUUUCCCGGCGGUCUCUUGACUACAAGUUACUCGACCAUCGCUGACUUGUCAGGCUCCCUCAAUCCCGAGCAUUCGAUAUACUCUAAGCGGUGGCCAUGGCCGAGGCAGUCCCCAUCCCCGAGCCCCCGGGUUUGCCCUUGAUUGGCAACCUGGCUGAGUUUACUACGAGCCCACUCAAGGAUCUCCUGCGGCUCGCAGAUACAUAUGGUCAGACCAAGACUCAACAUGAUUGAUGCCUUCCGUUGUCGCAUAGACCAUCUGACAGUCGAAACGUGCAGGGGACAUCUUCCGACUCUACCUUGGCACGAGGCCCGUCGUUUUUGCUAGCACCAAUGAGCUCGUCAACGAGCUUUGCGAUGAGAAGCGAUUCCACAAGUCUCUGGGAUCCGCGCUCAGGAUUGUUCGUGAAGGUGUCCACGAUGGUCUUUUCACUGCGUACGAUGAUGAGCCCAACUGGGAUAAAGCUCAUCGCAUUCUCAUUCCUGCAUUUGGACCCUUGUCCAUCCGUGGCAUGUUCGACGAAAUGCAUGACAUUGCAACGCAGCUUGCCAUGAAGUUUGCACGCCACGGCCCUCAAGCCCCCAUUGCCGUGUCCGACGACUUUACGCGCAUGGCGCUCGACACAUUAGCGCUGUGUGCCAUGGACUUUCGCUUCAACUCGUACUACCAUGAAGAGAUGCACCCGUUCAUCAAGGCCAUGGGGGAUUUCUUGACCGAAAGCAGUCGUCGCAGCAAGCGUCCUUCGUUUGCGCCCAACUUCCUCUACCGCGCCGCCAACGAAAAGUUCUACAACGACAUUGCGGUAAUGAGACAGACCGCCGACGAGGUCGUCGAGGCGCGCAAGAAGAACCCCACCGACAGGAAGGAUCUCCUCAACGCUAUGCUUAACGGCGCCGACCCAAAGACGGGCGAGAAACUGAGUGAUGCAAACAUCACUGACCAGCUCAUCACAUUCCUCAUCGCUGGCCACGAGACGACGUCAGGUAUGAUGUCGUUUGCAUUCUACUAUCUUCUCAAGAACCCGAGCGCCUACCGCAAGGUGCAGCAAGAGGUGGAUGAGGUUAUUGGCCGGGGAAAGGUGACGGUCGACCAUGUCACAAAGCUUCCGUAUAUUGCGGCUGUUCUUAGGGAGACCCUGCGAAUCAGCUCGACCAUCCCGGGCUUCACCGUUGAGCCCUAUCAAGACACUUUGCUCGCGGGCAAGUACUUGGUGCGCAAGGGUGAAUCCAUUACAGCGCUUCUUGCUCGAGCUCAUCUAGACCCGGUGGUGUACGGCGAGGAUGCCCGCGAGUUCAGGCCGGAGCGCAUGUCGGAUGACAGUUUCGCCCAGCUAAACAAAGAGUUCCCCAACUGCUGGAAGCCCUUUGGGAACGGCAAGCGGGGUUGUAUUGGACGACCGUUCGCAUGGCAAGAGGCCAUGCUCGCGAUGGCAAUGCUCUUCCAGAACUUCAACUUCACCUUGGACGACCCAAACUACAACCUCCAAAUCCAGGAGACGAUGACCAUCAAACCCAAGGACUUUUAUAUGAAAGCGAGCCUCAGGCACGGCAUGACACCCACGGAGCUGGAGCAACAUCUUGCCGGCAAGCUUUCUUCGGAGCACUACCACGCCAUGUCAAGGAAGGCGUCUUCCAAUAUCUCGGCCUCGGCUGGCAAGCCGCUGGCCGUCUUUUACGGCUCCAACAGCGGAACUUGCGAGGCUCUGGCCCAGAGAAUCGCAGCGGAUGCGCCUCGGCAUGGUUUCAGGGCUUCGACGGUCGCACCUCUUGACGAUGCCAACCAGAAAAUUCCAAAGGAUCGUCCCGUCGUUAUCAUUACAGCAUCGUAUGAGGGCCAGCCCCCGUCGAAUGCGGCGCUGUUUGUUGCCUGGAUGGAAAGCCUUAAGGGCAAGGAGAUGGAGAACGUAUCGUACGCCGUCUUUGGCUGCGGCCACCGCGACUGGGUCCAGACGUUUCACCGGAUUCCCAAGCUCGUGGAUUCGAAGCUCGACGAGCUCGGCGGCAAGCGCAUUGUGCCCUUGGCCACCACGGAUGCUGCAGAGCGAGACAUGUUUAGCGACUUUGAAACUUGGGAGGACGAGUCGCUGUGGCCAGCCCUGCAAGAGUUAUACGGCACCGAAGACAGCGGUGAUGGGGAUGGCGAUGGCCUCAACGUGGAAGUUUCGCUUCCUCGCAAGUCGACGCUGCGCCAGGAUGUCGAGGAGGCGCUUGUGGUCUCGAGCAAGACUUUAGCGGACACUGGCUCCGUGAAGAAGCACAUCGAGAUCCAGCUUCCCACUGGGAUGACAUACAGGGCAGGCGACUACCUGGCAGUGUUGCCAUUCAACCCACAGAAGACCGUCUCUCGUGUCUUCCGGCGGUUCAAGCUGUCUUGGGACGCCUCGCUCAAGAUCAGCUCGGACCGACCAACGACUUUGCCAACGGACACUGUCAUCUCUGCGGCUGACGUGCUUAGCGCGUAUGUUGAGUUGAGCCAGCCGGCAACAAAAAGAAACAUUCAAGCGCUGGCAGAUGCGACACAAGAUCAGGCCGUCGUUCAGAAGCUACAAAACUUGGCCGGCGAGGACUAUCAUGAGAAUAUUACCGUCAAGCGUAUAUCGAUCCUUGAUCUGCUGGAACAGUUCUCCACUAUCGCCUUACCGUUUGGCUCUUAUCUGAGCAUGCUCCCGCCAAUGCGUGUUCGUCAAUACUCUAUUUCCUCGUCGCCGCUAGCCGAUCCCUCCAAGGUGACGCUCACGUACUCCGUUCUGGAGCAACCGGCAUUAUCCGGCCAAGGGUCACACGUUGGAGUAGCCACCAACUUCCUGGCCUGUCUCAUGCCAGGAGAGCGUCUCCACGUCGCAGUCCGACCGUCCAAGUCGUUCCACCUACCAAGCGAUGCCGAAAACACGCCUAUCGUGUGUGUUGCAGCCGGGUCCGGCAUGGCGCCCUUCCGAGGGUUCAUGCAAGAGCGGGCCGCCAUGAUCGGUGCCGGACGCAAGGUGGCCCCGGCCCUCCUGUUCUUCGGGUGCCGAUAUCCUGACAAGGACGACCUGUACGCGGACGAACUUGCUCGAUGGGAGGAGCUCGGCGCAGUCGAGGUAAGGCGGGCGUACUCGCGUGCCCCGGAGAAGUCUUUUGGCUGCCAGUACGUGCAGCAUCGCCUGUCGCACGAUCGGGCCGAGGUCUACAAAUUGUGGGAUCGCGGGGCCAAGAUAUACGUGUGUGGCAGCCGCGAUGUAGGCAAGGCAGUCGAAGCGGUCUGCAUCGACAUGGUGCAGGAGAGCGGCAGCUCCAAGGAAGUUACCGAGGAGAAGGCCAAAUCCUGGUUUGAGCAGCAGCGCAACGAGCGAUACGUCACCGACGUCUUUGACUGAAUCGUUGGCGUUUGAUGAGAGACGACUCUGUAAAUUUGGCUACGGGUUGGGCAGGUCCUUGAGAGGCCGAGGUUGUUUGGCGCUAGUGGGUUGGACACAGGAAUUCUUGUACUUGUACUACUAGGUACUCGCAUCUCGAUGUGAAGAGGGCUUGAGGGCUAGGUGCGUCACCAAGACGGCGACAUGAGGUUGCGAAAGUGACUGCGACUGAACUGGAAUGGUUCCAGGGCCCGGACGACUUCCUCCGCCUUGACGUCGAUCAGAUGGCUGCCAAGGAAGCUAUCGUUGCCCAACGGCCAGGGGCCGAAGAGGUGGAGAAGGGAGAAGACGGGGGGGG